AUGUGGGCAAAACCUUCUGAAAGCUCAGAAGUUGGCUCGGUGCACAGAUAUGACCAUGGUGUGAUAAUAGCUGAGGACGAGGAAUAUUUCAUUGAGCCGCUGAAUGGGGCCAACAUCAGUGGCAAGCACGAAGCCGAAGGAAGCCCCCACGUGGUAUACAAACGCUCAUCUCUCCAACUCCCACAUAUGGAGGUUGCAUGUGGCGUCUUAGAUGAGAAGCCGUGGAAAGGUAGGCCGUGGCGUACGCUGAAGCCCCCCCCUCUGAAACCACUGGGCAACCUCACGCAGCGGGGCCAACUGCCUCUGAAGCGGUCGGUCAGCACGGAGCGCUAUGUGGAGACCCUUGUGGUGGCCGACAAGAUGAUGGUGGGCUAUCAUGGCCGGCGGGACAUUGAGCAAUACAUCUUGGCCAUCAUGAAUAUUGUAAGUGUUACAACCAGGACACAACCCCUCUUCCCUGAGUGGAGAGGAGGGUUGGCACCUGUGGGUGGGAUGUGUGAAAGAGAGCGGAGCUGCAGCAUCAACGAGGACCUAGGCCUCGCCACGGCCUUCACCAUCGCCCACGAGAUCGGCCACACGAGCAUCCCAGCUGCAGAAGGGACCAUCUGCCAAACUAACACCAUUGAGAAGGGGUGGUGCUACAAACGAGAAUGUGUACCCUUUGGCACAAAGCCGGAAGGUGUGGAUGGAGAAUGGGGGAACUGGUCUUCCUGGGGAGAGUGCAGCCGAACGUGUGGAGGUGGUGUCUCUUCAUCCAUCCGCUACUGCGACAGUCCCCGACCAACCAUCGGAGGGAAAUACUGUCUUGGGGAAAGAAAGCGCUACCGAUCGUGUAACACAGAUGACUGCCCUUCUGGUUCGCAGGACUUCCGGGAGGUGCAAUGUGCUGAAUUUGAUACCAUCCCCUUCCGUGGAAAAUACUACACCUGGAAAACAUACCGAGGUGGGGGUGUCAAAUCCUGCUCACUCAACUGCCUGGCUGAAGGCUUCAAUUUCUACACAGAACGGGCCGCAGCCGUGGUGGACGGCACCCCCUGCCGCCAGGACUCCAAUGACAUCUGCGUGAGUGGGGAAUGCAAGCAUGUGGGCUGUGACCGCAUCCUGGGCUCAGAUACUAAGGAGGACAAGUGCCGGGUAUGUGGGGGAGACGGAAGCUCCUGCGAAACCAUUGAAGCGAUCUUCAACCACUCACUGCCCGAAGGAGGCUAUGAAGAGGUAAUAUGGAUCCCCAAAGGAUCGGUGCACAUCGAUGUCCGAGAACUCAAUAUUUCUCUGAAUUAUCUGGCUCUGAGAGGAGAAAACAACGAGUACUUUAUCAACGGGAAGCUCUCAAUAGACCCUCCACGGCGGUUUGACAUUGGUGGGACCACCUUCCACUACCGACGCUCCCAGGACGAGCCAGAGUCUCUGGAAGCUCUCGGUCCAACCAACACCACCCUCAUCAUCAUGGUUCUUGUCCGGGAAGAAUUUCAAGGGAUUCGAUACAAAUUCAAUGCACCCGUUGCCCGCAGCAUUGAGGCCCAAUACUUGUGGCAGUACGUCUCGUGGACAAAAUGUUCCGCCAUCUGCGCUGGAGGCAGUCAAGUCCAGUCAGUCAUAUGCAAGAAACAAGGCGACACCUCCACAGUUUUGAACCAUUUGUGCAGCCCGGAAAACAAACUACCGGAGAGGCAGAGACCGUGCAACACAGAGCCGUGCCCACCGGCGAAAAGGAAAGGAACUACGUGCUCAGGAAAGUGUGGUUUCGGCCAGCAGAGGCGAUCGGUCCAGUGCAUGUCCCACACUGGGCAGCCGUCGAGCGAGUGCGUGGAGACCCUGAGGCCCGUAAUGAUGCAGCAGUGCGAGAAUAAAUGUGACUCUGGACCAACCGAAAACCCUGAAGAAUGCAAAGAUGUGAAUAAGGUCGCCUACUGUCCUUUGGUGCUGAAGUUUAAGUUCUGUAGCCGGCCUUACUUCCGACAGAUUUGCUGCAAAACCUGCCAGGGCCACUAAAUUGCCACGCGUGAAUUGGGUGCCACGAGGAAACUGGAAAAGCCCGCGAGGGACAGCCAGGCCGUUUCCCCCCCUCCCACUGCUAUCCCCUGGCUGCCCCACUCCCCGAAGGGUCGUCAGCAAGUUCCAAGCAAGCCCUGCGGCCGAGUGAGGUUCCACGCCCUCCCUGUUUCUUACGGACUUCCAUUAAACCACUGCUGUUGCGUGGCACUGAGGACAGGGGGUGGGGGAAUCUCGAGUGCAAUGAAAGGCAGAGAAGCCAACUGAGGUGCAGAUGAGUGUAUUACUUGAAACUCUGAUAUUAUUUAUUGUAGUAGUACAGCUAAAGGCCCUGUCAAAGCAGUAUCCCCUGUCUGCACACAAACAGGGUGAAAUCAAAGGCAGGUAACCAACAGGUGCUUCACUCCCAUUUCCCAUAGUUUAUUAUUGCCCUUACCAUCCCAGGGGGUUUUCCGGAGGUGGUGCAGAGAGUGGAUCGAGGCCCAAGAAUAGGGGUGAUGAGAAGGAAUAUAGACCAUUCUAAGCUAUAAUCAGAUGUCAGAGGAGAGAAAGCAGAGGGCCAAAAUCAAAACGGUUCCCCAUUUUCACUGGCUUGGACGCAUUUGAGGGUUUUUUUUAAAAAAAAUGGGAGGUCAGCAGAUUCUCAGAUCUUGGAGCAGGUGUGGCACAGUGGUUAAGAGCAGGUGCAUUCUAAUCUGGAGGAACCGGGUUUGAUUCCCCGCUGUGCCACUUGAGCUGUGGAGCAGUGGCGUACCUAGGCAAACUGGUGCCCUAGGCAAAACCUGAGUUUGAUGCACCCCCAUGGGCGGAGCAGCCCAGCCGCAACAUUCACCCUUCCCGCACGGCCCCAGCAGCCCAAGUUCACCAGAGGUGGAGCUCUCCAUCCUCCUGCUCUGCCUCUGGUGGCUUGUGGGCCACCGUACAGUGUGGGCGGGGCUUAGCCAAAGUGGGCAGGACUGAGGAAUCAGGCGCCACCACGUGAUGAAAAAUUUCUGCCCACUUUGCCCAAUGGGCAGUACGCCACUGCUGUGGAGGCAUAUCUGGGGAACUCAGAUUAGCCUGUGCACUCCCACACACGCCAGCUGGAUGAUCUUGGGCUAAU